CGCAUAUAUUCAGUCAGGGUUCCGCGGUCCCACAAUUAGACUUCAUCGCCCAUACCCGCCCCUAUGGGACCACAAAAAUAGAGGACCCUAACGCCACAGAGAGUGAUCAGGGACGCGACUGUAUCGAAGGCCGCGAGGAUGUUGAAGCCCCGCUUACCGUGGAGGCCUUCUUGAAGAGCGCUGCCAUCGCUACCAAACGCUACCGUCCCCGCCGUAGAAAACGGAAAGCAGCGACUCUUCACGCUUCAGGAGACCACGAGGGGGAUGGCGCAGCUCUUGGCUUCUCGGCGUGGAAACCGGGCGAUGCAGAUCACUGCGACGCACACCAGUCUGAACGCUCUUCUUCACCUGGACCUCCGGGCCGCCGCAUACGGCAGAAACAUCAAGCCGGAGGGACUGCCAACGACGAGUAUACACCGAGCGAAGACUUCACAAAACAGCAAGCCCGGAAACGGAGAAAGUCAUUACCUGCGCGACUUCUUACUGCCGCUGUCGCAACUGGCGUCGACGUUAUCGGCGGCCUUCUCUUUCCCGACCCUGCCGAGGCGCAUAUAUCCGCUCAGAAGCCGCUACACCUUGUCCCUGGGAACCAUACACCAUCUCCGGUCGACGCCGUGAGGUCUCGCCGUCGCCGUUUUGUCGACCCUCGUCGCGUAGCACCGUUUGGCCGGGCAGUUUCCCAGUUUGCGCCGAAUGUUGGCCCUGCAAUCCAACAAGGGGUGAAGGAGAACAAACCCAUCACCAGCUGGGGACCGAACGCUUGCAAUUUCGAGCUCCCUCCGGGGAUUGGGGGUGGAAAGUUUGUUGCCGUUUCGGAGACCUGUUUUGCACCUCCUCCGCUCGCCUUGGUCCCAGCGACGCAUCCACAGUCGGCCUAUCGAGCGCAAUGUACUACCAUCAUUAAUCGGGGUCGCCCGGUGCCCAAACGAGUGAAGAACAAAGUGCUCUGCAGCGGUGCCCUCGUCCUCCCCCACAGUAGACCGUCCCCACCAAUACCCCCUUCGACAUUGCCAGUGUCUUCCGACCUGGCUCGCCC